AUGCCGAACAUUGAAUCAUUAGAAACCACCCCUCUGCUUUCACCCUCGUCGACAGCUUCAGCCGAUAUUAUCUCCCCCGGCCACCCGGACCGCUCCGUCGAACACGAUACUCUUCCCGAAACCGCGACGUACGGAAGAAAUAUCUCCUGGUCCAGCGCAUAUAUCCUGGUAAUAUCUCGCGUGAUUGGUAGCGGCAUUUUCGCAACACCGGGCGCAAUAGUCAAAUCCGUCGGCAGUAUAGGGCUGGCCUUAUCCCUUUGGGUGGUAGGAACGAUUCUCUCGGCUUGUGGAUUGGCUGUAUCGCUCGAAUAUGGGUGUAUGCUGCCUCGUUCUGGAGGCGAUAAAGUAUACCUGGAGUUCACAUAUCGCUAUCCGAGAUUCCUGGCAUCAACUUUGGUAGCUGUGCAGGCGGUUUUGUUAGGGUUUACGGCGAGUAACUGUAUCAUCUUUUCCAAAUACACCUAUUUCGCAUUCAAUAUCGAGCCGAGCGACCUUCAGAAUAAGAUUCUCGCAGUUGGAUGGCUGACAAGUGUUACUAUCAUUCAUGGCUGCUUCAUGAGGACUGGCAUCGCUAUACAAAACGCGCUGGGAUGGGUCAAGAUCUUUCUUGUAUUUUUCAUGGCGCUUAGUGGACUCUACGUGAUUCUGUUCCGUCAACCCGGCGACUUAACAGGCGUAACGGCGAGGGGGGAAGGUGACAUAUGGAAGGACUUGUGGGCAGAUUCCGAUUGGAGUUGGAAUACGAUCUCGACUUCAUUAUUCAAAGUAUUUUAUUCUUAUGCUGGCUUGAACAACGCGAACAACGUCAUGAACGAGGUCAAGAAUCCAGUACGGACACUACGCAGUGUCACUCUAGCAGCACUGGUCACAUCCUGCCUUUUGUACGGGUUAGCGAACGUGGCCUACUUUACAGUUGUGCCACUUGAAGAAAUCAAGGAGAGUGGUGAAUUGGUCGCAGCUCUUUUCUUCGAACGAGCGUUUGGACCUAGGUGGGGAAGAACAUUCUUGCCUUUGAUGAUUGCAGUCUCAGCCGCUGCUAAUGUGAUGGUCGUGACAUUUGCAUUGGCACGAGUCAAUCAAGAAGUCGCCCGGCAGGGAUUUCUACCCUUUGCAAGAACAAUCUCCAGCUCCAAACCCUUCGACUCUCCAUUUUGGGGAUUGAUUAUACACUACAUCCCAUCUUUAUUAGUCAUUGUGCUUCCUUCACAAGGAGCAGUAUACAACUUUAUUCUAGAUGUUGAAGGAUAUCCCGGCCAGAUAUUCGGUCUUGCCGUUGCAGCGGGACUUUUACUUCUUCGUCGCAGAAGACCGGAUUUGAAGCGACCCUUCAAGGCAUGGCUUCCUGCUGUAUGGCUGCGAAUAGUUACAAGCAUAGCGUUGCUUGCUGCGCCAUUCUUUCCGCCUCCCGACUGGAAGGGUGAUGUCGACUUUUUUUACGCGACGUAUGCAAUUGUUGGCGUUGGCAUUAUCCUGUUUGGCGUCGGGUAUUGGUAUAUUUGGACAGUCCUACUUCCUAGGCUUGGAAACUAUACACUAGAAGAGGAGACCGAAGUCCUCGACGACGGAACAAGUAUCACAAAACUCGUGCACAAGUCCAAGAUGUGA